CCAGUUUUUGAAAACCCAUAUUUCAGCGACCGUUGUCUUGCAAGAACAUACAUAUACCGGACGGAGCAACACCACCGUCCUCCGUCCACGACGGAGCAAGCCAAACCAAGAACACCAAAUUUCGGCCUCCAGCAACAUUUAAACAACCAGAAAGGAACUGAAUUAACUUAACCUCCAUAUACAAUACUCCAUUCAAGACUGCUACAGCAGAGACAUAGACCUUUCUCACUGCCGGCGAAGCCUUCUCCCUCCUUUGACGGCGAAUCUUUCUCUCUCUCUGGCGUCAUCAGAGAGAGUCACUCUCCUCUCCCUCCCUGUAACACGCCGGCACUGUUGCUAACAAACAUUGCUUCAGAUUCAUGAAAUGCUGAAAAUUACGAAACUGUAAUUUUGAUUGAAGCUGGGUUGCUGGAUUGUAAUUUCAUCAUCGAUGGGUUACAGAUGUAUUCAGUGUGGUUUUACCAUCAAAACACUUUAUCUUCAGUAUUCUCCUGGUAACAUUCGUUUGAUGAAAUGUGAGAAUUGCAAAGCUGUGGCAGAUGAAUACAUAGAAUGUGAAAUCAUGAUUAUUAUAAUAGAUUUAAUACUUCACAAACCCAAGGCCUAUAGACAUCUCCUUUACAAUGUCAUCAAUCAAGAAACCUUGAAAUUUCAGGGACUACUCUGGAAAUUGGCUGCCAUUUUUCUUCUUUUUGAUGCAUACAGGUAUUUGAUCUUGGAAAGCAGCAAGGGUAAUUUGGGUUCAUCAAUGAGCUACUCCUCACUAGUGUCAGUGUGUUGCAAGAUGCUGAUGGAUGUCUUCUUUGGGAACUUUAUUUUUCUUUUAACCUUCUUCUUUAUGGUCAAGAUAUUUCUCCAUAUAUCGAUCAGCGUCUCCAGGUGCAGUGACAUUUUGCUUGGUCUUCUGAUUUCAUGCUACUUCAAGAUUUUUCUUAUUGCCAUGAUGGUCUGGGAAUUUCCAUCUUCUGUGAUCUUCAUCAUUGAGUUAUUUUGCUUAUCAUCUAAUGCAGUAGCAUUAAAAGUGAUGACGGAGUCAAGUAUGAAUCGAUGUGUAUGGACCUGCUUCAGUGCAUAUGCUAUCAAAUUUGUUUUCGUUCAGGCUCCUGAGCUCAUAUUGUUGGGGAAAUUAAUUCAAGGCUGGAGUCAAAUGCCAUUAACAUUGUCUUUAAAGUCUGCAUUUAUCUAGUUUUUGUUUCUUUUAGUAGCAGAGUAUUAUGGCCAAUGACUAUUGUGUUUGUGAACUGUAUCCUUCAUUUUUUUUUUCUCUUCUUAAAUUUGAUUUGGAUGUUAAAUUUUAUUAGUUUGUUCCUUCUUUGUGAUGUGAAUGCUAGCAUAUGAGGAUUGUUUACGGUGAACCAUCAAUGAUAACUAUAAAGUAUUCAUCAAUUGUAUCUUGGAUGAUUGAGAUUCUUAA